CCUGCUGCCAGGUUGGAACUCGGGGUGCUUGGUCGGUGCUCCAGUCAAAGUGUUGUCGUCUGAUGAUGCACUGAAUCGAUCACUCGUUUGCAGAUUCAUUCUUCGGAGUUGUUGGUGGAUGAUCGAUGGGUGUUUGCCCCGAAGACUGGUAAUCCUGUGUUGUAUGCGGACGCCAAGAGGUUGCCCAAUUCCAUGUCUUGUUAUUCUUCGAUCGCUUCGGGGAUCAAAGCUGCCAUCGCUCAGAAUUGUGUCCCUGUGGGUAAAUCUAUCCAUGCCUACAUGAUCAAGAUUGGGUCUUUGCAAGAAACAACCCUUUGGAACCAUCUCCUCAACCUCUAUGCGAAAGCCCGCUGCCUCGACGAUGCCCGUGCGCUGUUCGACGAAAUGCCUGAGCGAAACUUGGUUUCCUACUCGACCCUUAUGUCUGCGAUUUCUGGACUCGGCGAUCCUAUGUGUGCUUUGCGCCUCUUGUCCCAGCUGCGCAAGGCAGAAAUCGAGCUCAACCAGUUCGUGUUUUCAGCCUCCAUUGUGGCAUGCCGGAAGCUCAGAAAGUUGGGUCUGGGCGAGCAAACCCAUGCCCAAGUGAUGGUCUCUGGAUGGGGAUCGGACUCUUUUGUCAAUGCUGCUCUCAUCGACAUGUACUCAAAGCUUGGUGAUCUGGCGAGUGCCGUCUCCCUUUUCGGUCUGUCUCCGGUCGAGGAUCCUGUUAUGUUCAACACGAUGGUUAGUGGGUACGUAAGUUUUGGUGCCCAUGAGGAGGCUCUGAGACUUUUCCAGCAGGCAAGACGGAGUUUUAAUCUCCAUCCUACAGAGUUUAGUUUUGGGAGUAUGAUUAAGGCUUGCUCAGAAUUGGAGAGAAGGAUCGGAGAACAACUUCAUGGGCUUAUUUUAAAGAUGAGACUUGAUUCAAACUGUUUUGUUGGAACUUCUCUCAUUGAUAUGUAUGGCAGAUUUGGAGAUACACAAAGCUUGGAAAUGGUUUUCCAGAGUGUACAGACAUUUGAUGUCGCAUUGUAUAAUGCGAUGAUUGGUGGGUUAAUAAGAAAUGGACUUGACACUUUUGCAUUGGAUUAUUUCCAUGAGAUGAGGUCAAAAGGUUUCAUCUCAAAUGAUUGCACCUUAUCUGGUGUACUCAAAGCAUGUGGUGGUUUGAAGUCUUUGGAUUUGGGGAGGGCGAUUCAUGGGUUUGUUGAGAAGUCAAGUUUUCGGCAAGAUGUGGUAGUUAACACUGCUUUGAUUGAUAUGUACAUAAAAUGUGGUUCGAUAAAGGAAAGUUGUCAAGUGUUUGGAUGCAUGCAUAAACGGAAUACUGUUUCUUACAAUUCUUUGAUCUCUGGACAUGGGCAAGAUGGGAAUUACAGAGAGGCUUUAGCCCUUUUUAAUGACAUGAACUGUAAGCAUAUAGAUGUUGAUCUUGCUACCUUUGUUGCUUUGUUAUCUUCGUGCUGUGGGUGUGAAUGGGUCGUAUAUGUUCAUGCAAUUAAGCAUGGAUUUGCAUCAGACUUGAUGGUUAGAACUACACUGCUAGAUGGUCUUUUCAAAGAUGGUGCUGCCGACCAAGCUCUAGAGUUUUUCGAUAAGAUGCGAGAGAGAAACGUUAUUUCAUGGACUACAAUGAUAUCAGGACUUACACUAUCAGGUCACUAUUCAGAUGCAAUGAAGUUUUUUAAAACCAUGAUUUCUACAGAAGUAUCACCCAACAGUUUCACUUACUCAAGUGUUUUAAAGGCUUGUGGCCAUUUAGCUGGUCCAGAGGAAGGAAAACACAUUCAUGCAUGUGUCAUAAAGCAUGGGGUUAUGGAUGACUAUACUAGCAGUGCUCUUCUGGACAUGUAUGCUAGGUGUGCAGCCCUGGAAGAGAGUAGAAGACUUUUUGAUGAACUAACAAACAAGGACAUAGUAGUCUGGAACACAAUGAUCACUGGAUAUGCACAACACGGGUAUGGGCAUGAGGCUCUAGAAAUGUAUGCUCUAUUGGAAAAGGAAAAUGUACAUCCGAACCAUGUAACUUUUGUUUCUCUUUUGUCAGCUUGCAGCCACCGUGGGCUAGUAGAAGAUGGAAUUCAGCUAUUUGAUUUGAUGGUUUCUAAGCAUGGUAUCGUACCAAGCAUGGAGCACUAUGCAUGCAUGGUUGAUUUGUUUGGCAGGUCUGGGAUGUUAGAUAGAGCAGAACAGUUGAUCAAUGGCAUGCCUUUUGAAGCUGAUGUUUCAAUUUGGGCAACGUUGUUAUCUGCUUGCAAACUUCAUGGUAAUUUAGACCUGGCCGAGCUAGCAAGAGACCAAGUUAUGAAAAUGCAAGGUGAAGAUGUUCCUACAGUUGUGCUCAUGUCCAAUAUGUAUUGUGAAGUAGGAAGACAACAUGAUGCAGAAAAUUUGAGGAAGAUAACAGGAUCACAAACGAGAAAGGAGCCCGGAUUUAGUUGGGUUCACGCAGCAGAAGAGCCUUUGUACAGUUAUGGUGCUACAUAGGAUUAAAAGCAUUUUAGUAAUGCAUUGGAAAAUUGCAUCCAGAGGCCUCAAUUCAAGCAAAUUGUAUCAGGAUCCAUCAGAUUCCUGUGGUGAACCAACUAAGAAGAGCUCUUUUUGAAAUGCAAGUUUGAGAGUCAGUGUUAAAUAUUGGCCACGUCCAACUGUUAUGCAUUGGUGAAUAGCUUCUUUUGUUUGGAAGAAUGACCAAGAUAUGGACCAAAAGGAGGCCAAAUUUUCUCAGUCAAUGUUCUGUUGCUAGAAAAAAGAGGACAAGUUUGUGCUCUUGAUCCCCAGCUAGUCAAGUUAGCACAGUUGCUUCGAUCAUUUUCAUCAAGUUUCCAAAAUUCCAAUUCAUUUUGAUUUUUGUAAUUGCAGAAAAUGGUGAUAACAAUAUCUGCAUAUAUUUUCUUAGCAGGUGAACUCUGUGAUGAAAGACAGCUAUCCUUAAUAUGUGGGGAAAUUGUUAUCUUAAGUUUGAUUUAACUCAUUGCUGCAAGAGCAUACCAGUCAAAUAAGGACAAAGGUGAACUCAAGACCAAAGAACAAGCUCCAGCACAGGAAGUCAAAAUGUCUUUAAUCUGAAUCAAAGACUGCUUUUUAUAUUUAAGUUGACUCAAAUAUUUAGAUAGUAUUUAUCCUUGAUGCUUAGAUUCUUCUAGCAUGCUCUCAGUCUGCCUAGGCAUCAGGGUAUCAGAAACCUAGCAGCAAUGUGAUUACCAUAUACAUAAUCUAUAAAAUUUGCUGGGUUUCUUCACAUGGAACAUAUAAGCUAUAUUAGAAACAAUGAUCAUAGAUCCUUUGUGACAUAGGUUUAAUUAAUUGUAUUCUUUCUCCUUUCAGGUUCAAGAGUAUAGAACUGAAGAUUUCUGUGGUAAAGAUGUCAUUAAUCACUUCUUCUUUGUGAGUUAAGAAAUGAGGUUCUGAGAAAACUUCCAAUUUUCUUCAAGCUGAUGCAGUAUGGAGGUGAGAGCAAACUUCACAAGCUUCUCCUAUGUCAUCCAGGAUUGGAAGAUCAGUCAAUCAAAACUUGUGCUUCUAUGUUCGCUUUAUCUGUCAAGUCAUCACUUGAUUAUCAUAAUUGAGAAUGGCAAGGACUGUUCAUUUUAAAUGUCAAAUACUACUAUUUGAGAUCGAAUACAUAAAUAUUUAUAGUGGUAUCA